AAUAUAAAUUGUAUAUAUGUCAAAGAAAAAAUAUUCAUUUUUAUAUCUAAAUUUUAUUCAAUGUAAGAUAAUAAAGCCUUAAUUAAUCUUUUUAUCUAAUAAUAAAUAAAAACAACAAACAACAAAUGUUUCAUUCAAAGGCAUUUCCUUUCUUACAUAAUAUUAUAAAUAGAAAUUUGUAUAAUAUAAAAUCAAAUUAUAACAAAUCACUUCAAUAUAUAUUAUAUUCAACUAAUAUUGAAAAUUCAGAUAAGACUUCAAAUAUAACUUUAACAAAAGACAUAAAUGAAAUUUCUCAGCAAUCUGAAACUUCAAAUGAAAAUUCACAAUAUCAAAAAAUUGAUAUUUCCGAGAAUACUAUUGAAGCAUUACCUGGAUCAUCAAAUACAUCUGAUGAUCCCAAUUAUUCUGAUGAGCCUGAUAAACUUUAUAAAAAAUUAGAAAUUGAAAUGAGAGGAAAUGAUCCUGCAGUUCUCAAAAGCUAUGGAGAAUUUGCUGUUAUGGCAGCAAAUUAUUUAGACAUCAUUGUUGGUAGACAUAUUACACUACGAAAGCCUAUCCAUGAAAGAUUAACAGUACUUAAGUCUAUUCAUGUUCAUAAAAAACAUCGAGUUCAGUAUGAAACAAGAACAUAUUAUAGAUAUCUUGACCUUUUUAAAUUAACUGGUUCAACUGCAGAUACAUAUUUAGAAUAUAUAGAAAGAAAUCUUCCAGAAGGAGUAGCAAUGAAAAUUACAAAGGUGGAAUUACAAACUUUACCAGAAAAAAUUCAACAAGCAACAUCUUCAUAAUAAUGAAUAAAAUAAGUUAUUACAUUACAUUUUUAUAGAAAAUAGACAAAUAAAUUGCAUUUGAAUAUUAA